UGGGACUCCGACACGGUGCGGAUUUUUUUGGAACUUGUUAUCAAAGAGUUGGACGUUGGUUUCAAGGGGAGCUUCCAUACAAUGACAAUGCAUGGAUAUCGAGCUGUAAGCAAGGGCUUUCUGGACCGUACAAAUAAGGUGCAUGAGGUCAAACAACUGCAGAACAAGUACUCGUUGCUGAAAAAGGAUUGGCAGUCAUGGUCGAAAUUGAUGGACAGCAGGCAUGGGCCAACCGGCAUCAGUUACAAUGAAGCCAUGGGUUUGAUACAAGCAUCUGACGAUUGGUGGGCACAUUACGAAAAGGUUGACAAGAAUGCAAUCAAGUUCAAAACAAAACCGUUGGAGCACAUGGACCUCAUGCGAAGGGUGUACGAAGGCGCUACAGCAACCGGAAAAUAUGCAUGGACACCAGGUGCAGCGUUCGAACCUGUGGCACCCGAUGACGGUACUUCGUAGGCGCCUGAUGAAGACUGCGAGGAUAGCAGCGGGCUGCCCCUUUUCCAGCCUGCCACGCAGCAUGAACACACUGUGCAGCACACUGUUGCGCAAGAGGAUGGCACGCCGGCACCCGUGCACGCUGCGUCGUCGAGCAUUAACGCUGACGACACACCAACUAGUGGCAUGAACAAACGCAAAUCGCCAGGCCCAACACACCCACAGCGGAAAAGAGGGCAGAGUGAGGGAGCUUCUCUGUUGGCGAGUAGUAUGGAAAACCUUGCAUCCUCUGUGAAAUUACAACAACGACAAAUCCGCGUCUCACAUG